UUUGGGCUUACGGAGGCCUAUUACCGGAGAACCGGGCACCAAAAGCCAAGGACAGCUGAGUCUAAAGUUCUUCGGCUGAAAAGAAGUAGGGGCCGCGCCGGCCGGCUCCAGGGCGCCGAAGCCAGCCGCAGGUCAGCCACGUUGGCGCCUGCCGUGAUGCGCGCUUUGCACAAGAACAGGACCCUGCGCUACGGGGUCCCCAUGCUGUUGUUGGUUGUCGGAGGUUCUUUUGGUCUUCGUGAGUUUUCACAAAUCCGUUAUGAUGCUGUGAAAAUUAAGAUUGAUCCUGAAUUGGAAAAAAAACUGAAAGUGAAUAAAAUGUCUUUAGAGUCAGAGUAUGAGAAAAUAAAGGAUUCCACUUUUGAAGAUUGGAAGAAUAUUCGAGGCCCGAGGCCAUGGGAAGAUCCUGACCUCCUCCAAGGACGAAACCCAGAAAUUCUUAAGACAAAGACAACCUGACUGCUUGUUAUUUGUUUCUAAUAAAAUGUUACCAAUUGGACUUGUA